AUGUUCCGAAAUCCUCGCGAGAAUGCCGCUGUAGGCCGCCCCAGUGCGCUUUUGCCCUCGACCGGUCGCCCUCCCACUCCGCCGGCCACCGGCGGCAAUGACGAGCAUCCCAACCGCUCUGCCUAUUUCUCCCUUACUCCGAUGCCUACAGACAAGCGGGCGGCAAUGGCGAAUACUCCAGUCCUCGCUCGUCAACUUGGCUCCAGACCUCCCAGUGCAAAGAAACAUGGCCUACGCCAGAAUACUAUUCUCAGCUUUUUCAACAAGUCCGACAAGGACACUGAGGAUGGCAAGAUUGCCAAACCCUCGACUCCUUUAUUUUUCCAGGACGGUCGGAGCAGACUACAGGAGCCAAAAGUGACUGAGACGACGUCCUACCUCACCAACGGCGACGAACAGAUACGCUUCAAUGAGCAGGAAGGGUCCAUCAAGAGGAGGCGAACACUCGAAGAAGACGCAGAACUCAUUAUUCGGACGCCCUCUCCGGAACUCACCAGUCCUGGUGACGAAUCGAGACCCCGCAUAGAUUCUGAGAUCCGGAUCACCCACCAGACAAAACCGCAAAAGCAGCGGGCCGGGUUCCUGGAAGAUUCGAGCGACGAAGGAGAGGACGGCUGGGAUGCUGUAUUGCAUGAAUCCGGUGAUCAUUCUAAUGAUGCGGGUGAAGUACUGGCAAGCGACAUAAAUGGGUUGGCCAACAUUGACGUCGGGACAGGGUCUAGAACAACCAGAUCUUCAUUGACGCCGGCUCCUCUCAUAAGUGACAGAAUUGCCAGCUAUGAUAGGCAUGAGCGAACGGAAGACCAUAUCGCCACUGUACCUAAAUUGAAUCCCGAAGAAACCAGCGUGUUUAAUGCUGAGGAUUUUGGUGAUUUUGAUGAUUUUGAGAAAGAUGAAUUCUUCGAGGGGGGAGAGGAAUACAUGGAACGACGAUGGAUGGAAGAACAACGAGACCUGGAAAUGGGCCUGGACGAAGAUUCAAAAUCGGAAAGUGGUGCAGAGAGUAUCAGAACGCCCCAGAGCUAUUUUGAGGGCGACGGUCAGCUGGGGAGUGAAGAUGGAAAUGGCCUCUCCGUCUGUCCAAUUUGUACCGGAAGCAUGAAGGGACUUUCCGAAAGCCAGGCAUCUUCUCAUGUCAAUGCCUGCCUUGAUGGUCUUACUGAACCGCUUCCAAAGGUUUCUGAGCUCAGCAAAGGGAUAUCAAAUCCCACGACUGAUGGUCCUGGUGCCCAAAGUAGCACCCACAACAGUUACGAUGGUCCAACCCCGAAAAGAUUUCAACGUGCUGCCAUAGCACGCCCUGCUCAGUCAAAUCCAUUCGUGACUAGAAGCGAUCUGAAAGGAGUCUCUGCAUUUACUCGGUUGAUGUCUGGACAUGCCGAGGAUGCUGCCUGGGCAGAAGCCGCUGCAAACGAAGCUCACUCUCGCGGCAAACCUGCAUACCAGCGAACGUGUCCCUUCUAUAAGAUCAUGCCUGGCUUUUUCAUCUGCGUUGACGCGUUUCGCUACGGCAAGGUCGAGGGACAGAAUGCCUACUUUUUGAGUCACUUCCACAGUGACCACUACAUCGGCCUCACCUCGUCAUGGUGCCAUGGCCCGAUCUAUGCCAGCAAAGUCACCUGCAACCUGAUGCUACAGCAACUCAAGGUUGAUCCGAAGUGGGUGGUGCCGCUUGAGUUUGAGAAAAAGGUCGAAGUGCCCAACACAAACGGGGUGUCUGUUACCAUGAUUCCUGCCAACCACUGCCCUGGCUCAUCACUCUACUUAUUCGAGAAAGUCGCAGGUAAGAACAAGGAUGGAUCGGCUAAGACAACUCGAAUCCUUCACUGCGGAGAUUUUCGGGCUUGCCCUGCACAUGUCAGCCAUCCUCUUCUGCGACCUGAUAUCGUCGAUAACCUUACCAACCAGACGAAGCAGCAGGUCAUCGAUACUUGCUAUCUAGACACCACAUAUCUGACACCGAGAUAUGCAUUUCCUAGCCAACAAGAUGUGAUUGAUGCGUGUGCCCAGAUGUGCGUUAGUUUGGCGAAAGAGAUUGUUGAUACAAAUGACACCUGGGAAAAGGCAAAGGCCGACCGUGCUGGCAGCACAAUGAAAAGAUUUUUAGAACAGGGCGAGGGCAAUAUGGCCAAGGAAGAAGAGCAUGAAGACAAGAACUCAAAGCGUCGAGGACGGCUCCUCGUCGUCAUUGGCACUUACUCGAUCGGCAAAGAAAGAAUAUGCCUUGGAAUUGCCAAAGCGUUGAACUCCAAGAUCUAUGCGCCACCGGCCAAAAUGCGCAUAUGCGCGUGUCUGGAAGACGAGGAACUCAACUCACGUCUCACAGCGAAUCCGCUCGAAGCACAGGUUCAUAUGCAGACGUUGAUGGAAAUCCGAGCCGAAACGUUGCAUGACUACAUGGCAUCUUUCAAAGGCCAUUUUGCUCGCGUUGUCGGAUUCAGGCCGACCGGCUGGUCCUAUCGUCCACCUUCUUCGCGCUUCACGGAGAACCCGGCAGUGGCCACUGUGCUUCAUUCGGACGGGUGGAAGACUCGAUAUACGAUGCGUGACCUCGCACCCCAGCGAGGAAGCACGCGGGAGUCCAACUGUUUUGGUGUCCCGUAUUCCGAGCAUAGCUCGUUUCGAGAGCUGACCAUGUUCUGCUGUGCGUUACGGAUCAAUCGAAUCGUGCCGACUGUCAACGUUGGCAGUGCGAGGACUCGAGAGAAGAUGAAGGCGUGGAUUGAAAAGUGGGACGCAGAAAAACGAAAGAACGGGCUUUUCAAGGUUGAAGUUGGAGCUGAAGGCUGGGGCAGCGGAGACGGCCAGCUCCGAUACGGAGUGUAG